CACAUAAGAAUAUUAGCAGAUAAGAUAAGAGCUAGAUCCCAUGAAUUUUAAUUAGUAUAUGAGCUCAACUAAACCGACUACAGUGCCACAUCAGCAAGGAUAGCACUAAACGAAAUCCCAUUGCCUUUUCCCACCAAAUAUACGCGGCUCUGUAUAUUUUUCCACGUAACUAAACUUACAAAAUAUCAUAGAAUAAGGGAAUGCACGGUAAAGUUAUCCCAUAGAACCCUCGGAGAAGUGCACGAUAUAGUGAUCCUCGAGAAAGGACGGAAAAUUGGCCGCCGUCGUCAGUGUGUUGUCAGCUGUCAUCGCAAUCGACUCCUGGGUUCUGUACAUUUCUCCGCUGCUUUUCUUCUCUACUUUUCUCCCAAAGAGCCUGAAAUAAUGGCCACGCCGCAGCCACAGAACGAGGCACCCUGGUGGAUGAAAUAUGGUGCUCGAGGAGUCGGAUGUGGAGGAGGAAUAAUUGCAAUGGGUCUUGGAGUCUUCACCUGCGUGACUUUUAGCCCCAUAUGUGUUGUAGCAGGAAUUUGGCAGAUGCUGGCAGCUUUCAUCGUGAUCUCGGCUGAGGCUCCUUGCUGCUGCAUGUUUGUGGACUUUGUGCAGCAGUACUCCAUGUGGGUGGAGGGGCGCCCACAUUGGCAGAAGGCUGUCUUUUACAUAGUUAUUGCACUGCCGGCAGUCAUCUUGUGCCCUGGGCUGUCAACCAUAUUUGGCUCUGGCCUCAUCUUCCUCUCUGGGGUCCUGUAUGGCCUGAUGACUCUCGGGAAAAAGGGUAGCCGGGAAGACAUGAUUGCGGCUGCCCAGCAAAACACAGGCCCUGUCAACUCCCAAAGCGCCAUCCUGGUGGACGACCCCGAGGCCUGGCGUUCCACCUGAGCGCACUCACGGUUCUAUAGCAAGCGACACCCAGCGUUCCCAUAACUAACCACUCACAUAGGGUCCAGGGAGGAUAUGAUGGCAGCCGCACAGAGUACAAGCCCAGUCAACAUGAAGGACAUCUUAGUGGAUUCUGAGGCUCCUCCCUCAAGGGCUUAAGAAAUACAUACCCUGUCUCACACACACAAACCCCUUCCGUGCCAUGUGGGAGUAUUGACAAAUGCAAACAGUCAUGGUUGUUAUAGAUGAGCUGCCUGGGUUUCAUGUUCUAAGGAAGGUGAUUGUCAUCAUGAUUAUUUAUUUAUUUUUAUCAUAAUUAUUUUUUUUCUUUUUCUUUUUCUUUUUCUGAAAGGGAUUUGGAACAUGGAUUUUUAUCUCAAUUUAAGCAGAAAAUUGUAGUGUCAUGUCCCAUACUUUAAAAGAUACUGCAUGACCUGUAUGGGAUUGAGGAACUUGGCAUGGAGCCUUGAACAGUGUCAUUGUUCAUAUUAAUUGGGCUGUUUACAUGAAAAUUGUACUUAGGUUUUGUGUACUCUGAAUGCAGUAUUCAACUCACAAGGAAUUUGGUGUUCUGACUAUUUUUUUCUUCUACCUGUUUAAUUGGAAUGGUUAAUAUGUAUAAUCCUUUUUCUUAUUGAAUUGUGAAUUACUGUAUCUUUAAAAGAGUGUUGUGAAGUUUGUUCAACUGUCCUCUUUUAUGAGCACAGGUGAUUGAUUCUCUUACCCCUUUUUAAAUGUUAUCCAAUGAAUGUCCCAUACCUCAGGCAGCUGCAAGGAUGACGAUAAUGGUGAAGACAGUGUUUGAUUACUGACACAGAGCACAUUUUCGAAUUUGCAGAAGCUUUAACUAAACUGUUUAAACUUGGUAUAGAAGGAGACUUUUUGGUAAUUUUUAAAUAUAUGUAUUUUGUAACGCUGCCAUGGGAUGCUUGUAAGAAUGCCAUCAGAUGAAGUUCCUGGUCUUCUUUUUUUCUUAUGUUAUUCUUAUUUUUAUUCUUCCAUUAAUACUAGAGUAAGAAGAAAAUGCUUACUUCUUUGGAAAUCUGAAUGUGCAGUUGUUAAGCUUUGCUUUUAUGUUUAUAAUAAGUAAGGAAUCCAAAGCAAGACGUAUAGAAACCGUAGUUGAUUGCAAACAUUGUAUGUAACUUUUAUGUUUAUAAUAUGUAAGGAAUCCAAAGCAAGUGGUAUAGAAACAGUAGUUGAUUGCAAACAUUGUAUGUAACUCUUAAGCACAUAAUUAGAUGCUUUAUUUCAUCUAGAAAAUCCUCAUGUUUAUUUUUCUUGAUUGAUAAAUAAAUCAAGUAUGACCAUUGAAAAGAGUAGUCUGCCUUUCAGUUUUCUGUUGGUAAUCCGAUUAUGAAAAAGGGCUAUCUAUUUGUUGUGCAAUACCUUACAUUUACACUGGUAUCCUUUUGGUUUAGAAAUAGCUUGUUAUGAUUCUCAAAUACUUUUAAAAUGGUUAUUGUUAAGAAGUGGUUGCCUGAAGGUUACAGUUAGUCCUAAAAUGAACGAAGUCCUGAGCAUUUUCACCUAACUUUACAUUCCAAAGCUAGAAAUGCUUAUAAUGAAAAGUUUAAGGAAUAUUUGAAGGUUUAUAUCUAUAUCUGUAUCUGUCUAUCUGUUAUCUAUCUCCAUAUGCCUUAAAUCAAUGUGAAUCUUGAAAGAAUAGGUAGAAACUUGUGAUUGUCCACAGUUUCAUUCAUGUGGGUUAAUUUACGGCCAUGAAAAAAAUCUGGUCAACAGGGUGAGUGCUGUGUUCAGAAUACAAAUAUUUUAGUAUGUCUGAGAAGCUUAAAGGUUUCUGUAAAUACAAUCCAUUAGCAUCAAUAUGUAAAAGUUUUGAAACUAAAGCUUCUAUCACACAUUUGAUGAACACAAUUGAGGUAAAUAAAAGCUUAAUAUUUUGUAUUUAUACUGAGAGUGUUGAUUAAAGUUUAUGCAUGUAUUUAACAAGUGGUUUGACUUAAAAAAUGAAGAUGAAGGAAUUCUGAUGCCAAAGCACUAUAAGAUUAAGGACUGGAAUAUAAGGCAUAAGGAACAUUGUGAGACAGAGAAUUUUAUGAAGAUUGUAAAUCACAUAUGCAUUGAUUAUUGGGCACAGAUUUUUAACACCACCUUUACAGUUAUUGCAUUCGUUAGCAGAUUAUAUUUUCUUAUAUAUUUUUUUUCUCUAUUCUAUUACUCUUCCAACUUCAGUAUCAAGCAGUGAUUAUAACAAAUAAUUAAGCAAGUUUCCUUUAGGCUGUAAUUCAUACAUAUCGUAAACUUGUAACCCUUAGUUUGAAAAAAAAAGUAUUAUAUGGUAUACAUUACCAAGUAACACAGGAUCACUGCCGCUUUUGAAUUACACGUGUCGGGUUGUCUAAGUGGGUGUGGCAUAUGAAUGUCAUAAAUGUAAAAUUUGGAAAUAGGUAAGAAAUUUAGACGUUACCAUUUAAAAGUUAUUGUGUAUUCAUAUUAGAAAAGAAAGGAAACCAUGAUGUUUUUAAUUGCUUAAGCAGUCCCUUCUUAUUUAGUAAACAAAAUCAUUCCAUUUCCAAAUCUCCUUUCAUUAAUUGUAUAUUCUCAAAUGGCACAGAUGUAGCCAUGCAUUUCUAAGUCAGCCAUGCUGGUAUCAUGUUUUUGUUCCCUGGUUUGAAAGCGGUCUCCGAGUGGUCCUUAGUAUAGAUUUAGAACUCAGGCCACUUGCUUUUCUUUUCAUUCUUUUGUUACCAACUGAUUUCACAGUCCUUUGCACAUUCAGUUUUUACCCUACCCAUUUGUUAAUUCAAGUCUGUGCAUUGCCUUUUUAUAAUUUUCAUGAAAUGGUUACCGAUUGUGUAUACCUGGGCUUUUAGGAAGGGUCCAUCCAUAUAUAAUCUGUGGAAAUGUUGAUUGUAUGAUGUGCUUUUGUAGGCGUUUUAUCUGAUAUUGUAAAGAUAAUGUAUUUGUGAGAGCCUAGAAUUGGUGUAAAUAAGUUGUUAGUUAUUGGGUACGUACGACAAUUUAGUUCAGGACUCAUAGGGUUGCACCAAAUUUGUACUUUUGGAAGUAUAUGGUAUAUGCUACUCUUCUUGUGAAUAAAUUCAAUUGUGGUCUUUAGAAUGUCUGAAUGGAAUGACUUCUCCAUUACCUAUCUCCUGAAUAAAUUUGUCAGUGUAAUUUGUUAAGAAACAUCUGUGUACAUGUGAUUUGUGUUAUUAUGCUGGAUAAUCUUAUGUUUGUCUUAUAUUAUAUACUUGAAUUUGCAUGUGAUUUUAAUUUGUAUGAAAUGAGUAUUCAGGAUUUUUCUUAGAUCAGUAAAUAUUUUUUCCUACCUUUUUCCUCUUUGGUAAAUUUAUUUAUGUGUUCUCUUCUUAUACCCUUCCUAAAGUUGUGUUGAGUUGAUUUCUCAGUAAAGUAACUUUAUUUUUGUUUAAUGAUGUGUUCAGAAUCAAAAGUUAACUGUAGUCAUGAAGAGAUCUCAAGGUGGUCUUCUGAGAAUCUCGGUUUUGGCUGGACUGCCUUCACUCCAGUCAAGAUCCACUGCCUGAGACUCGAGAUCUUGCAAUGCCUCUUUGUGGUAUUGUUCGUUACUGUUUGUCCUCCAGAGUGUGUGUAUUUAUGUGAAGUCAUCUAGUGGUACCCAAUAAACAAGGAGAAAUUUA